AUGCUGAGCGCUCUCGCCAUGCCUGACUACUCUCACCUAAUCUUUGAUUUUCAAGUAUCAGUUAUCGAUUCAAAUAAUCUCUCGGCGUAUCUCACAUUUUGUACUCCAAACAUGAUCGGCGUCUCCAUGUACUCAAUACAGCCUUUGUGGUUGGUGUUAUGUGUGCUAUCAUCACCAGCGGUCGCAGAAGGUAUACUUAAUAGUGUCGACAGCCAGGACGGAGAUGGAGAAUCAGAGUCAUCUUCAACGACGCAAAAUGUUUCCUCUAAAGGAAUGAUUAUUUUAUGCACCAUCGUGGCAUUGGUGUUGGUUAUCGGUGUACUAUUCACCGUUGUGUUCAUUACUGUAAAGAAGAGGAGCUUGAAGACACCUAAAUCAGCCACCUUACCAGAUGAAGCAGUCACAGAGGCCACGGAAAGAUCGUUGAGUGGCAAUACACCGACCGAAAGGGACGGAUCUAGAUCCCAACCUUUGAAACACGAAGAGAUUCAGCCAGAUAUAGAGAAGAAUGCUGGCGUUGAUCCAAGCCGACCGCACAGAAAUGCUUGGAUGAAGCAAAGAGGAUGGGGAUCCUACUUUUCUUUCGGGCGCGCAUAA